AUGCUCAAGUCUUCAAGAAUACCUGUGGAGAAAGUUAAAGGAUGGAAAUUCUUGCAGAAAAAUCUACAUCGCAUCAUUGACUUUGGAAGGAGAGAAGGACUUUUAGUUGUUUCAGGGCCUAAGGACGGAGCUUCUGCUAGUUUUUUCAACCUAUCACAAAAACAGAUUACUGCAGAAGCUUCCAGAGACACGACGUUAUUUUUUUCUUCACCUCGAAAAGAGGUAAUUCUGCCAACAAAUGAUAUAACGUUGAUGCAUGAGGCGAUACCAUUUCUGCCUGUUCCCGUAGCUCUAACUUGCCUUGUACUAAAUGUAAUUUUUCCAGGGACAGGUACGGUACUCUCUGGUAUUACGGCUCUUUGCCUCGGUCAACCACGGGUAAAUGCAAAGGAGGGCAGGAAACUUAUCACGCUGGUCAUCAACUUACUGGUAGGGAUCAGCCAGUUCUUCACAAUAACUUUUCUCUUCGUGGGAUGGUUCUGGAGCAUUGCAUGGGGUGGACUACUCAUAAUUCAUUCCGUUCAAUACCGCGAAGCUCUCAUGCAGCGUCGACAGGAAGCAGUGGCGACUGCUGCUAUCGAAGCACUUACCAAAGAUUCCAUUCUUCAUCGAAGAGAUGUUAAAAGCCUUGUGAAAAUUCACAAUCAACAAAUUUUAGACAAGAAAGCACUAGAUGCAUGAAAAUCGAAUAACUUUAUUGUAUAUGUA